UUUUCUUUCUUUCUAUAUUAUGGGGGCCCCUGGCCAACUUUGAUAAGAAUGAAGAGAAAGAGAAAGAAGAAGAGCAGAAGGUCGCCGGGAAUAGCGAAAUGCAAGUGAAACAGUCACCUGCAUAAAGGGUUGUCGCAAUCGUAUUGGUGUGGUGUCGGCUUUCUGUUUGUUCUAAGAAUAUGUACACACUUUUCAUCACUCUUUUAAUUCCACUGUCAAUCUUUCCAUCUCUCUCUCCCUUACUAAUUCAUUCUUCAAAUCGCUCACUAACUAUCCAGGGAUUAAAAAAUUUGCAAAUGGUAUGGAAAUCUAUUGCGAGCCUACGUUUACAACACAUUACAUUUGAGUGUAUAUAUAAUAUUCACCAAGUGUGUGUGUCAUGGGUGCAAAUGACUCUUGCAGUGGCGUGAAAUUCGAGAAUUCAGUUGGGUUUAUAUGCCCAAUAGUUGUUAACAGAAGAGGCAGGCUUGUUAUAUUUUAUAAUCGUGGUCACUAUGUGUGGUGAGUGAGUGAGUCGUACAUAAAGCACAACAAGAGGGAGGCAUUUUUCAUUAGUUAGUGUUGGUAGUCUUGGGAAGGGAAGGGAAGGGAAGAAAUGGUGAAGUUUUCGAAGCAGCUGGAGGCACAGUUGAUACCUGAAUGGAAAGGAGCGUUUGUAGAUUAUUGGGAAUUGAAGAAGGAUAUCAAGAAGAUGAAGCUCAUGCGUAAGAAGGCUGCUGGGUGCAGAAAUCAUCAUGAUGCUGGUGAUGAGCCAGGAUCCAUGUUUAGCAUUUUUGGAUAUACCUCCGACUCCAUUGGGGAUUACUUCAAGACUAGAACCAGAGCUUGGAUGACUAGAGGAACGGAUCCCCAUGUAAUCCAGGUACGUGAGCGAGGAGAAGAUGUUUAUGAAACAGAGUUAGUGCAGGUGCUUGAAGAAGGGGAUGCAGAGGCAACAAAGACCUUCUUUGCAAGGCUGGAUGCCCAACUCAACAAAGUCAAUCAGUUUUACAGGAGUAAGGAGACGGAGUUUCUUGAAAGGGGGGAAACCUUGAAACAACAAAUGCAGAUUCUCAUCCAAUUCAAAUCAAGUCGAUCCUUUGCCUGCAAUUCACCCUCCUCUACACCACUGCAAGGUAUGGGAAUGGGAAUGGAUUCAAAUGAGGUGGAGGGAGAGGAAGGAUGUGAGGAAGUGAAUGAGGAUUUAAUGGAAAAGAAAAAUGUCAAGUUUGUUGAUUCACCACGAGGGAAUCGAUUGUGGAGAAGUAAGAAGGAGAAAAACAAAUGCUGUUCAGUGAGGGGAAAGCAUAUGCGGGUGGAUAUUCCUGCCACCACGCCCUCCAGAACUAUUUCUGCCAUUACCCAAGUGGUUUGGGAAGACUUCAUUACUCAGUCUAAUGCGGGGUCGGGAGGAGUCACGCCCAUCACUAGCAAGAAGAUCCAAACCGCUGAAAAAAUCAUAAGAGGAGCUUUUGUGGAGCUCUACCGAGGUCUAGGUUUGCUUAAAACCUAUAGUUCUUUGAACAUGGUUGCAUUUGGAAAAAUAUUGAAGAAGUUCGAUAAGGUAAGCGACCAAGAAGUUGCUCCCGUGUAUCUCAAAGCUGUGGAGAGGUCGUACUUCAACAGUUCUGAUAAGGUGGUGAAACUUGCGGACGAGGUUGAAUGUAUGUUCAUUAAAUAUUUCACAGAGGAUGACCGUAAAAAGGCCAUGAAAUUUCUUAGGCCAAAGCAAAUCAAGGAUUCUCACGCUGUAACAUUUUUCAUCGGCUUAUUCACGGGAUGCUUCUUAGCUUUGUUUGUGGGUUAUGCCAUCCUGGCCCAUUUGAGCGGAAUGUAUACAGAUCCUACUCAUUCUGGAUAUAUAGAAACUGUUUAUCCAGUUUUCAGCAUGUUUGCGUUGUUAAAUCUGCACAUAUUCUUAUAUGGAUGCAAUAUCUUCAUGUGGAGGAGCGCAAGGAUCAACUAUAGCUUCAUAUUUGAAUUUUCGCCAAAUACAGAGCUGAAAUACAGAGACGUGUUCUUAAUGUGCUCAACUCUGAUGACAGUGGUGGUGGGAGCCAUGGUUGCCCAUCUCACACUGCGAGCCAAGGGAUUCUCUCCAGUUGAGACAGAUGCAAUUCCUGCUUUCUUGUUGCUGGUUUUCGUUUCUCUGCUCUUUUGCCCUUUCAAUAUUGUUUAUAGGUCUACUCGCUUUUCCUUCCUUAAGGUUAUGAGGAAUAUCAUUCUUGCACCUUUGUAUAAGGUGGUCAUGACAGACUUUUUCAUGGCUGACCAGCUAACCAGCCAGGUGACACUUCUAAGGCAUUUAGAAUUCAUUGUAUGCUAUUACAUAGGAGGAAGUUUUCGGUCAGAUGAUUAUAGUACUUGCACUCACAGCAAGACGUACAGAGAAAUGGCUUAUGUUGUUUCAUUUCUCCCAUAUUAUUGGCGAGCAUUACAGUGUGCGAGGAGGUGGGUGGAAGAAGGAGACGCAAAUCAUCUUGCAAAUUUAGGAAAGUAUGUGUCAGCCAUAUUUGCAGCUGGCGCAAGGCUAACAUAUGCUAUGUAUCCAAAUACCUGCUGGCUUAUACUGGUUGUACUCACCUCAACUAUUGCAACCAUAUACCAACUGUAUUGGGAUUUCGUUAAAGACUGGGGAUUGCUUAAUCCCCAUUCCAAGAAUCCCUGGCUAAGAGACGAACUCAUUCUCAAGCACAAGUCUCUGUACUUCAUCUCUAUAGCAUUAAAUUUUGUACUUCGACUUGCAUGGGUGCAAACGAUCAUGCAUUUGAAUCAUGGGAGUUAUGGAUAUAGAGUAAUUGAUUUUGUCUUGGCAUCUCUUGAGGUUGUUCGACGUGGUCAUUGGAAUUUCUACAGGUUGGAGAACGAGCAUUUGAACAAUGUGGGUAAGUACAGAGCGGUGAAGACAGUGCCCUUACCGUUCCGUGAGCUGGAAGUGGAGUGAUAGAAAGAUAGAAUAAACAUCAGACCAUGCCAUCCAACCAAGCAAGACCUUGUGUUGAUUGUUACUGGUUUGAUUGUGUGACAUAACCAGUAUUAAUUUGUAUUUACGUACCAUUUCUUUCAAUGGAAGCCAUGGAAUCAAGGUAUGAUAGCUUUGAGAUCCACGAACUUAGACUCCCGGGUAAAUAUUACAUGGAAAUGGAGAUGAAUAAUCGUUGCCAAUGAAUUUGAAUGGCCAAUUAACUAAAUUAACUA